GUUCAUUUUGUCUGGGAUGCAUCACAGCUUCAUAGUGACGAAAUGGGGAUGGACACAGUGGAUAUUCUUCUUCUUUAUGGUCGCAGGUACUCGCUCUCUGGUCACAGUCCACCAGCCUCCUGUGCUCACCACUGCUCUGGGUCAUGAUGUUAUGAUGCCGUGCCAACUCAACCUCUCCCCCGAUGAGAGAAUGGUGACCCCGCCGGUUCUGUACUGGCUCUACGUAACACAGGACAACACUAACAACCCCAGACUGUGGGUCCCCACUGAGAAAUACGAGGGGCGUGUUGAACUUCUGGACAAAAAUCGGACCACUUCAGACAAGUCCAUAGUCUUGAAGAAUGUCCAGUGGGCCGACAGUGGGAGGUACCUGUGCAAACUGUCCAUCACCACACACAAGGAUAAAAGCUUCAGGAGGAAAGGAAAUGAAACUUCACUGAAGGUUUAUGACACCAUGAUCUUUAACCUCACCACCCACAACGACUCUCUGCUCUGGUGCGAAGUAAACGUGACCCCGGACCCCGGAUUUGUUUUGUCCAUUUUUCAUAAUGGCUGCACACUGCAACCUCCUGAGCAUGCUCCACGGGAUGCGGGCGCAGGUCUGCCCUACGUCACGCUCUCCAAGAACAUCCGUCUGAGGAGUGAAGGAGUAUACGAGUGUCAGCUGCAGCUGAACGGAGAACUGAUAACUAAAAGGAUCUUCCACUACCAGCCGGAGGUGACUGAAGUUGGAGGAGACGCUGACAAAAAUGGUUCCCUAACAUGUUCAACAGCUGUCUUCGAGCCAAGUGUGGUGGUGUUUCCUGAGCCGUGGAUCCUGUACAUUGCUCUCCUCCUGGUGCCAAUCAUCAUCCUGCUGAGCAUCGUAACUACCAUGCUGAUGCACAGAUGCUGAGGUUGUCAACAUCUGGCUGAAACAGGAAAAAGUAAGCAAUGGUGAUCCAGGCUCUACAGCAAAGGCAACAUCAGAACCAGGGACAUCAGCUUCUGCCCAUUAAAGUUAAAAGGGGAGGACUUUGAAACAGACUACAGGCAUAACUGUUCCUUCUUAAUUCAGGGGUAGAACCCGUCAAAAUCCCAAUGCAUCAUAACGGUCCACCACGGCUGUCCCAUUUACAAAAACACAGCCAGCCCACAGAAUCCACAAUGAACCAAUCAGCAUCUUCAUGGUACUUUCCGGUUCAUUGUUAAGUCUAUAUCCAAAGCCGGGAAAAAACCUGGUGUUUUCCGAGCUCACGCUGCCACCAUCAAAAAUAACCACCGUUAAAUAUACCAAAUGAUGUGGAUUUUUAAGGUAAAAAUGCAAGUUGUGGGUUCCUAUGACUAAAGCAAACCACAACACACUAUGUGUCUAUGUUUAUACAUUUAAGGAAGACGUAACAAACAAUUUAUUUUUCCUGGUGUGACAUCUGCGGCCUCCUGUAACUAUUUGUCUACUAUCUCAGAAUGUAAACUGUAUAUGACUGUGAAUAAUAUUGCAUAGAGAGGUAAUAGAGUAUCAAAGGGAAUAUGAAAUUAUAGACUAUGUUAUUGCUCUUAUUUAUUCAUUCUGACUGAUCUUUUGUUAAAUGUACAGUCUCAUGUUGAUACUAGUCAUAUGUUGUGACUUUGGUUUUGAUUUCGCAGGAACGGUUUGCUCUUAAUCAGAAAUCGAAGGAAAUCCCUGCCCACGCCUUCCUCUUUCAUUCUAAAUGUAAAUGUCUGGUUCGCCUUUCUUUUGGAGCAUCAGUUUCAGAAAUGCAGCGAAAUGGCACUGGCUUAACUUAAAGCAAAAACCUAAACAACAUGCAAUAAAUAAAAAAUCUGUGGCUGAAACUGAGAGACAAAACUCAAAUCACCUUUUAAUUAAAAAGUAUUGUAUAUCGCUGCAUCAAGCCUUUUUGUACAAGAGUCCCUGAAGCAUGAGUGGAUAUUUAUCGUAUGUGUUCUUGCUGUUAUUGAAGUUAAUCCACAUAUUU